AUGUUGUUUAACGGGGAAAGCACGGAUGGGAUGGGGAUCCGUGGUCACGUGGGGAUCACGGGUACCAUUUCAAAUGGCGUGAGAUCCCGGCACUCUCAAGAUUUUGAUCGGGGAUCUGCGGCAAACUCCACCUCCCACCAAGCAAGUCCCACCAAGGCCGGCCCCACUCGUCUCGCCCUCGCCCGUCACCAUAACUCGUCUCGCCCUCGCCCAGGUCCAUUUACUGUCCGAUUCCGCCCACGCCCGACGCCAUCUGUAGGUACAGCAGGAGCCACUGGGGCCAUGCGACCUGCGUCAGCGAUCAUCAGCCCCGCCCGACUGGCAGCCGCGCCUUACGUAGCCAGGAGACCAAUACGAAACCAUUCCCCAGCAAUCCAUCCCGAGUUGGAUGCCGAGGCCCGUCUUGCCGUGCUCGACCCGAUCUUCCCUGAUGUCGAGCCCGCCCCAAUCUUCCCUGAUGCUGAGCCCGUCCCGAUCAUCCGUGAUGCAGAGCCCGCCCCGAUCAUCCGUGAUGCUGAGCCCGCCCCGAUCAUCCCUGAUCUUCGCAGCGAUGAUGCAGCCAGCCAUGCCGACAACGAUCACGCAGACCAAGAUUCUGGUUCUGGUGCACCCGAAACCGAGCCGACCACCACUUCCCAUGCUGACACCAUGACCCUCAUGCGACUUGCUGAGGAACUAGCGCUCCCCGCAGAUCAGAUGGAGCGGUUCCGGGAAGUAGCCCAGCUCCCUGAGCCCGAUCGCUUGAUGGGUGUCUUCAUGUACAUGGUAUGGAUCCGACACCGACUUGAAACUCUCCCGUCCGAUCAUCCGCUCGAACCCACCCCAGCCCCUGUGGCUAAUCCCCCCCCCUGA